GCCCUGGCGCGGCGGCGGCGGCGGCGGCGGCCAUGGCCGGUGGGCCGGGCCCGGGGGACCCCGCGGCCCCCGGCGCCCAGCACUUCUUGUACGAGGUGCCGCCCUGGGUCAUGUGCCGCUUCUACAAAGUGAUGGACGCCCUGGAGCCCGCCGACUGGUGCCAGUUCGCCGCCCUGAUCGUGCGCGACCAGACCGAGCUGCGGCUGUGCGAGCGCUCCGGGCAGCGCACGGCCAGUGUCCUGUGGCCCUGGAUCAACCGCAACGCCCGCGUGGCCGACCUCGUGCGCAUCCUCACGCACCUGCAGCUGCUCCGCGCGCGGGAUAUCAUCACGGCCUGGCACCCUCCUGCCCCCCUUCUGCCCCCCGGCACCAGCACCCCGAGGCCCAGCAGCCCCCCUGCACCCUCUGAGGCCGAGGCCCUCCGCCCCCGGAAGUUGCAGACGUCAGCCUCCACACUCCCCUCCCCAGUUUUUCCAGGCUCCCAAACCCAUUCUGGGGCUGAGCUGGGUCCUGUCCCAAGCCCUGCUGCCCUCCAGCCACCACCACCAUAUCCAGACCCUUCCUCUACCAAGCCUAACCGGGAGAGCCCAGUGUCCCUCCUGCAGGGGGCCCACCCCUCUCCGUUCUGCUGGCCCCUCACUGAGAUUUCCCAAGGCACCCACAACUUCUCAGAGGAGCUGAAGAUCGGGGAGGGCGGCUUCGGGUGUGUGUACCGGGCCGUGAUGAGGAACACGCUGUAUGCUGUGAAGAGGCUGAAGGAGGGGGCAGACCUGGAGUGGACCACAGUGAGGCAGAGCUUCCUGACCGAAGUGGAGCAGCUGUCUCGGUUUCGUCACCCAAACAUCGUGGACUUUGCCGGCUACUGCGCCGAGAGUGGCUUCUACUGCCUCGUCUAUGGCUUCCUGCCCAGUGGCUCCCUGGAAGACCGCCUCCACUUCCAGCUCAGGUCACGACCUCACGGUUCGUGGGUUUGA